GGCAGCACGUGAAGCCCUAGCAAUUCAAUACCUAUGUUUCGACAGUAAAAGGACGACUACUGCACCAACUAGUGAGAUUCGCGAACCGAUCCCGCUCCGCUCGACCACGUCUGCACGGCGCCAACACCGACAAUGAUGCGGCCGCGCCAGGCGCGCAGGAUUGCCCUGCAGGCCCUGGCCGCCGCCCUGGUUUGGAAUCUGAUAGUCCUCUUCUUUCUGCCCGCCGACAGCCGCAUCCUGUUAUUCUUUCGCUUCACCACACAUCGCGUCCUCUCGCUACUACCAACCCCGUACACCAACGAGGACUGGUUUUUUGAGCCGCCACGCUUUCCCAUCGACUGGGGCAAUGAUGUUGCCUUCAUCUUAAAGACGGGGUACGGUACCAAGGCCCGCCUACCCGCACAGCUCGACGCCUUCGGCAUGAAGCUGGCCGGUGCUCGCGACGAAGCGGUGCUGGUUGUUGGAGACUUUUCCUCCCACCACCAGACCGACGGGCAGGACUUUCAGGUGCGCGACAUGCUUGCCGCUGCCAUGGAGAAUGAAGCCCUGGCCUCGUUCCAGGACGCCAAGCGCAUCCGCGUGUACCGAGAGAUGACCGAGGCUAUCAAGGCUGGGAAGGACGGCCCUGCGCUAGAAAUAGGAAAGAAAUUUGGCUGGGAGCUUGAUGCCAUGAAGUUCAUCCCGGCCAUGGAACUAGCAUGGAGAACGCUACCCCGGCGGAAAUGGUACCUCAUGCUUGACGACGAUACGUACAUCAUCCGGCCGUCUCUCCAACUACUUCUUGGCCAUAUGGACUCGUCCAGACCAAUCUACCUCGGAAAUGCGGUUGGCGACUACAAGGGGAGGUUCGCGCAUGGCGGCUCGGGCAUCGCCAUCUCCGAGGCUGCGAUGCGUCGUCUCUUUGACGAACGCCCCGACGCGGUGCGCGCCGCCUAUCUUGACUCCCUCACGGAGACGUGGGGCGACCGCCUCGUAGCCCACACCUUGAUGAAGGUUGGCGUGUAUCUCGAGGAGCGGUACAAGCACCUGUUCAAUGGGGAGCGCCCACGCGCCACACGCAUCCGCGCCGACCGGUUCUGUGCACCGCUCAUCUCGUUCCACGCCCUUGCCCAGCCGCCACAAAUGCUCGAGGUUGGGAAAACGUUCCGCAACGUUGCCGAGCCUGUCCUCUGGAGCGAGCUCUGGGGGAUCUAUAGACAACCCGACCUGAACGUCUUUGGGGAGCUCGAGGUUCGGGAGGGGGAGGACCAUGUCGGGCCACCACAUGACGAGAACAUGAUCAUCAAGAAAAAUGUCGGGUCUGCGGAGCGCUGUUUGGGCUAUUGCAUCAAGUCGACCGGGUGCCUGGCAUGGAGAUGGGAACAGGAGGCAAAAACAUGCUACCUGGCCCCUUGGUUCAUAAUAGGGGAAAGAGACAAAGGAGCGGUCAAGCGCGAAGGAGUGAGUUCUGGUAUAAACGUCCGUCGGAUACGGUCGCUGCAGGAGGGCUGCGAGGCUCGAGGUGUUCAGCAGCAGUCCGGCGAUGCUUGAUCACAUGAUGCACGUUAUCAGGAAUCUUUGAACAAGUCGAUUUUCGAGCACGAAGCGGGCGUCAAAUGUCAUUUAGAUCCUGCAUACCAUAGGAUACCCAUGGCGCUCCCCUCGGGCGAAGUAGGUACCACCUACUACCCACCUGGUCUAUGUGAUUUUUCUUCCUUCUUUCCG